CUGCUCGAAUGCGACAGGCAUGUUAUUGUGCAACGGGCAUGGUAAAUGUAUCAGCUGCGGAUGAACUGCCUACACCUUUGUAGUCCAAAAGUUUUAAAAGUUAUUUCAGGAAAAAGUUUUCGAAUUUGUAACACAAUGAGGGAAAGCGGAUAUCUUGCUUUGCUUAAGCCUUUCCUUUGCGCGGGCAAUUCAUUUAUUCGACAAUUGUGGGUGAAGCUUGGAAGACUUCCACUGCUGCCAGAGGAGACAGUCCCAUCAGAAAUCAUGCUGUAUGUUUUCUUAGUCAACACAGGCACCACACUGACAUUUGAUAUGCAGUUGGCUAUGCAAACUGUGGAUGUACUGAAGAAAAAAAUUGCGGAGUGCUGCAGGAUCCCUCCAGACAAGCAGGUGCUGCUGAUCAGCGGUGGCGAGUGGCUGGACGCGACGGCCCGCGUCGGCAGCUACCCGGCUGGGACCGACACCAGCCCCAUCUUCCUCUUCUCGAAGCUGUCCGAGGCGCCGCAGAUGCCUACCGACCCCAUGCAGAGCAGCGACGAGAUCGAGGACCAGGUGGCCGGAUCCAUGGCCCUGCCGCCCAGCUACUCUACCGUGGUGUCCAGGUCCCAGCUGGCGCAGCAGAUCUUCGAGUGUGGCAGAGAACAGGUGCGCCACUGUGACCUGCUGAUCCACGAGCAGCACCUGCAGCAGCAGGGCUGGGCGGCAGUGGUGGCCAACAUGGACGACCUCUCCCAGGUGCUGGUGGCAUCCAGCUCCCGCUUCAGCCAGCAGUUCCAGCAGUACCUGUCCGAGCGGCCGCAGCAUUUCGCGCUGCUGGACGCCUUCCCGGAGGACCUGCAGCUAGCUGGCGCGCAUACCAUGCUGGAGGAGCUGGACGCGGCAGCGGGCGCCACGCGGGUGCCGGCCGGCAGCUCCAUCUUGGACUGGAUCAGCGCGCAGGACACGCGCCGCCUGGAGGAGGUGUGCGACAAAGCGCACCAGGGCUUGGAGCUGCUGGACGAGCAGUUCCUGCAGGAGCUAACGGCCGAGCAGCACAAGAUCCUGGACCCGGCCAUGGCGUCAGACAUGUCGGAGAUCCGCGGCCUGGAGGACAGGCUGAUGCGGCUGGACGAGCUGCGCCACCGCGCGCAGACCACCGUCUCCGAGCAGAAGGAGCUGGCCAAGGCGUUCAUCCAGAACCAGGCGCGCGCCAGCUGCGUCAACGAUCCGUCCGUGCUGCCCGACCUGUGCGCGUCGCACUGCACCCAGCUCCAGGUGAUGCUCGACAAGCACAAGCAGCUGGUGGACGUGCGCAAGCGGUGCGCCAAGGCCAAGGAGGAGCUGUCGGCCAACAUCCACCGGCGCCUCUGCUGGGUCGUCUCCAUCCAGCAGCGCAUGACCGAACUCUCCACGAAGCUGAUGAUCCACUCGGAGCGGCUGAAGCAGCUGCGCCAGCAGAUGGCCGUCCUGUCAGCGCUGCACCAGGCGCCCACCAUGUACCUGACGGCCGUGGCCGAGGUGGUGCGGCGGCGCCAGUUCACGGACCAGUUCCUUGACUGGGCGGGCAGCAUCGCUGCCAGCGCCGCCAAGGUGCACGCGGCCGAGUCCCUCAGCCGCCACCGCUUCGGCGACGCGCUCAAGUCGCACUUCAUCAAGGGCAUGUUCCCGGGCGUGGACGAAGUGCCGCCACCGUUCGCCGCCGAGUGUCCGGCCGACUACGACGCACGCCUGCCGCCGCUGACCGAACAGCACGUGCGCCGGCUGACUGUGGCCGGACUGGAGACGGCGCGUCUGACCGACCUGCAGGGCCAGCUGGAGUCGGAGCGGCGCGCCGCCAAGGAGGCGCAUGACGCCCAGCUGCAGCGCCAGGCGGAGGAGCAGCGCACCAAACUCAUCCUCGAGUGGCGCGAGGUGAGCGAGAAGCAGAAGCGCGAGAUCGAAGAGCGCUGCCAGCGGCUGCUGGAGGCUGCCGUGCUGGUCGUCACCGAUCGACUCCGCGCCGAGCAUCGCGCCGAGGUGCAGGCGCUCCGCUCCAGGUUCCGCAUGAUGACGUCCAACCUGGGCUCGCCGUCCGAUGGCAGCUCGGAGAACCUGCCGCUGGGCUCGCCACAGUCGGAGGCGAGCGGCAAGCAGCGGGCCGACGAGGCGUGCUGCAGCUGGAGCCGGAGCCGGAGGGCGCGGCGCCCGAUGUUCCCCAGUGUGCGGCGGCUGCAGCGCGACAACGAGCGGCUGCGCAUGCAGCUGUCGCGCAGCACCAGCGGCCUGCUGGAGCGCGGCCAGGUGUCCGUGCUCACGUGCAACGACGGUGACGUGGUGCUCGUCGUGUGGGACGCCGAACGACGCCACUACCGUGUCUACCAGGAGGCGACGCUGCUCUACUUCGUCCACUCGGACAGCUACGAAGCGCUUGGCCUGAGCGCGCAGACGGCGCGCCGUCAAUACGCCGUCGCCGAGGUGGUCAGCCACGAGUUCUGCCAGGCGAAGAAGGAGGGCAACCGGUACCACGUGCCGCGCGGCACGCGCUUCUACCGGGUGCGCGUGAAGCCGUGGACGCGGCCGGCCGGGCUGGCCGAGCUGAGCGGCUCGACUCGCCGACUGUCAGCCCACGCCCUGUCGGUCGAGUCGCACGAGGGCGCCUCGUAGGCCGGCGUCGGGCGAGAGACUCCAUCGGUAUGGGUGUGCUGUGAGCUUUCCGGCGGGGUGCGACCGCAGGUUUUAGAGGUGCGGAUUGGCCACGAUGCGUUAGCCAGGGCUCGUCGGUAUUAUGCGUGCACAAUAACUGCCUGAUGACAGCAUAUUAACCUCAAUCAAUUUCCAGAGUGUUCAUCCAUAACCAACGGUGUCUAUGUGCAUUGGGUAUGCAAAGCUCUUGCACCAGUAGGUUUUGUGCUUUCUCAGGCAAAUUCCAAUGCUAUCAUGUGCUUGUGACUGGCGAUAGUGCUGUUCGUACCUGGUGGCUUCGCACUGGGCUGUGAGUGAAUCACGAGCCUGUUCAAUACACCGACAUCGAGGAAACGAA